CGGCCCCACUCCCCGCUCCCCGCCGCCACCGCCAAGUGCCCGCCAAACCUUCUUCAUUUCGGCCUCCGAGACAGAUGCUGCCGACUCCCCCGGCCUGUGCGUUGCACCCGUAGGGACUGCAGGGACUCGCAGGGACAGCCAGGACGCCGCCAUGGGGACAGAGUGCCUGACGGCCCGCCGGGUCCUGUGGGUGCUGGUGUUCAUGGGCUUCGCCGUCAACUACAUGAUCCGCAUCAACAUCAACAUCGCCAUCGUUGCCAUGGUGGCAUCCCCCAAGGACAAGACCGGCGGCGAGGUGCUGGUGGGCGAGUGCGCGAUCCGGGAGGAGGCCCGACUGCGAGGCGGCCAGCUCGGCCAGCUCGGCACGGCGGGUUUCUGGACCUCCAACGCCACCACCGCGCUGACUCAGUCCUGGAACGCUUCGACGCCGAGCCCAGCCGUCACACAGGCCGGCCAGGACGGCUUCGACUGGGACGAGCGGCAGCAGGGGCUGGUGCUGGGGGCGUUCUUCUGGAUGCACUGGCUCAUGCAGGUGCCCGGCGGCGUCCUGGCGCGCCGCUACGGCACCAAGCUCGUCUUCGGCCUGGCCAACUUCAUCCCCGUGCUGCUCACGCUGGCAGUGCCAGUGGUCGCCUACUGGGACUACCGCGCGCUGCUAGCCCUGCGAUUCCUGCAGGGCCUCAUCGCGGGUUUCGCGUGGCCGUCGAUGCACAACAUGACGGCGCAGUGGAUCCCGCCAAACGAGAGGAGCAAAUUCGUGACCGCGUAUCUCGGGAGCUCCAUCGGGGCGGCACUCACCUUCCCGCUGUGCGGCCAGCUCAUCCACAUGUGGGGCUGGGAGUCGGUGUUCUACGUGUGCGGCGCGCUGGGCGUCGUCUGGUACGUCUUCUGGGUGGUGCUCGUCUUCGACACGCCGGCGCAGCACCCGCGCAUCUCGCCGCUCGAGCUCACCUACAUCACCGACUCCCUCGGCAAGAGUGUCUCGCAGAAGAAGAUGGCGACGCCCUGGAGGGCCAUCCUCACGUCCCGGGCCGUGUGGAUGAACAUCGUGGCGCAGUGGGGCGGCGUCUUUGGCCUCUUCACCGCCAUGACGCAGGCGCCCACCUACUUCCGCUACAUCCACGGCUGGAACAUCCGGAUGACGGGCGUGCUGUCCGGGCUGCCCCACCUCGUCCGCAUGCUGUUCGCCUGGCUCUUCUCCGAGCUGGGUGACUUCCUGCUGCGCAGGGGCCUCAUGUCACGGACCAACGUGCGCAAGCUGGCCACUUUCUUCUGUGACGUGGUGCAGGGCCUGCUCAUCCUGUUCCUCACUUUCACGGGCUGCAACUCGGUGGCGGCCAUCAUCUGCCUGACGGCGGCCACGGCGGCGCACGGCUCCGUGUCCACGGGGCCCCUCGCCAGCAUGGUGGACAUCAGCCCCAACUUCGCGAGCAUCAUCCUCGGAAUCAGCGGGAUGAUAUCCGUGCUGCCGGGCUUCAUAUCGCCCAUCAUAGUCGGACAGCUGACAUUCCAAAACCAAACGGUGGAGCAGUGGCAAAAGGUGUUCGGCAUCACGGCGGCGCAGGUGAUCGUGUGCGGCGUGGCCUACACGCUGUUCGCCCAGUCCGAGCUGCAGCCCUGGAACUCCCCGGAGGCCGACGACGACGCCAAGCGGCCCUCGGUGCCCGUCAUCCUGGUGACGGGUUCGGAGCACGAGCUGCAGCCCCUCAACCAAAAGAAAGACAAAGACAAAGAGAUUUCAAGACUGUGAGCGGAGCGGGACCUUCCUACUGGCGGUGCUGCCCGUUCCAACUUCCUACCCGGCGUGUUACGCCCCCACCACCACGCCCCCGUUAUUGCAAAGGCGGGGUUCGCCCUGCAGCCUGUUUGGGCAGGUCGUUUUCGUCGCUCUACCUCUCUUACACCUAUGCGGGACGCCCCAUGAGGGCGAGAGAGACAGAGGGACGAAAGCGACUCUCGGAAUCCUUCUGCAGGAUCGACUUCCUGCCAGCCAUCGCGGCAACAACUUCCACGACGAAACGCACACUGUAUCGACGGUCCGGUCACGUCGUCACCAUUCCAAAACAGUGGCUGUUAAGAUCUGACUCACGCAAAUUAAAUAAAGUACGUUGAUGACGUGUUGUGAA